GCGAUGAAGCAAGAACUUCACCUACCAUUUUCCUUUUUCUUUUAAUUUCUCUCUCUUCCUCUUCAUAAUCACUCACACCACUCCCAUUUCUGCUUUCAAACCUUUCUCCCUCCCUCCCUCUCUCUCUCCUCAUACUAGGAGUGAGUUAGGGACACCUUCAAAAAAGAAGCUUCAUUUAUACACACAUAUAGAUACAUAUAUACAUACAUUCAUUCUCCAUUUUUCAAGUAGUGAUAGUUUGUAGAAAAUUAAGGAAGCCAUCACCCGUAAGGGGCUGUUUUGGGUGUUCCAAAAAAAAAUUGUCUUGUUUUUUCUUCAACUCUCUCUCUCUCCCCCUCACACAGACAUCUCCUUGUUGCGGUGCGUUGGGAGUUGUGCCACAGGUAGAGAAAUUCUGCCAUUUCUGUUUCUUUCCUUUUCAUAUUUUUGAGGACAAAGAUUGUUUUUUUUUUUGGGCGGGAAAUUUUGUGGGGUGGUUUAUUUGGUUUAGCUGCGAUUUUCUUUUUUCUUUUCUUUCGUACUUCCUCUCUCAUUCUCUGCAGCAGGGAUUUUUCCUCUCAGUUUGAAGCUUGAAUUGCAUGAUUCGUGUGCUUUAUAUUUUCUGUCUUUGUUUGCAAAUGAGGAGGAAAUGAACUUUGUUCAGAUGAUAAAGAUUCUUUAGCAGAGGAGAUUGAAUUUCCCAAGAAACAUUCAAAAAAUCAAGGAUUGUUGCAUUGCCAAAAAAGAAAAAAUGGGACCAAAUUUGGUGGAUGAGAUUGAUUGCGCAAACUUCUUUGACCAAAUUGAUGACUUGAUUGAGUUCCCCCCUGACAAUGAAUGUGGUGGAGGCGCCGGUGGCGUUGGAGCAGGAGAUUUCGUUAGUUCCGGUGAUUCCAAGGAUUUUCCGAGCAUGUGGAGUGACACAUUGCCGGAAACUGACCUCUUAUUCGCCAGCGGAGGCAGCGCCUCCGACCUCUCUGCUGAGCUCUCUGUUCCGUACGAGGAUAUCGUGCAACUGGAAUGGCUCUCGACUUUCGUGGAGGAUUCGUUCUCCGGUGGGGGGAUGACCAUCGCAAAGGAGAGCUCGAGCAUCAAGAAGGAGCCGUCGCACAACCAAUUCCAUACCUCGAGUCCAGUUUCAGUUUUGGAGAGCAGCAGCAGCAGCAGCAGUUCCUGCUCGGGGGGAAAGACUAUGCCGCUCAGCCCGACUCACCGUGGACCGCAACGUGCUCGGAGCAAACGCCCUCGCCCGGCAACAUUCAACCCUAGAGCUGCCAUUCAGCUCCUCUCCCCAUCGCCCUCCUCUGUAGAGGCGCCUCCCAAGUUCGUCCCGACCGGAUUUUCAUCCAAGUCCGAGAAUUUCGCGGAGUCGCCUCCCACGAAGGUCCCUAAACCAGCCGGAGCCGAACACAAGAAGAAAAAGAAGAUCAAGAUAACUCUGACGGCGAAUCAAGAAGAGACUCACGAGAUCCCGCAAAUGCAGCAAGCAGUCCGAAAAUGCAUGCAUUGUGAGAUAACAAAGACUCCUCAAUGGAGGGCCGGUCCAAUGGGACCGAAAUCCCUAUGCAACGCUUGUGGGGUGCGCUACAAGUCCGGCCGGUUGUUCCCUGAGUACCGGCCAGCGGCUAGCCCUACCUUCGUCCCGUCCCUGCACUCGAACUCGCACAAGAAGGUUGUUGAGAUGAGAACCAAGUUUGGUGGCGGAGCAACAAUGACUACUCCCACAACCUCAGAGCCCGAGCACGCCCCAAAUCCGUAGCAAGAACAGGUAUCCGUGGCGUGCUGUAUGUCUCAUAGCUCGUAUUUCAUUUCAUCAAUUCGAUGCUACUCUUUAGCAGUUUUUCUUCGAUAUCUUUGUUCGUUGGUUCUUUGUACAGUAAUGUAAUCGGGGUCGGGCAUAGCUGUAGAUGACGACGAUAAAUUUAGCUAGUUGGAGAGGAGAGGAGAGGAGGAAUGACAAGAGAGUCUAGGUUGGCUUUAGACAAGAAAGGGAGAUUAGGACUAGAUGUUGAGCUUUGAUCUUCAAUUAUAGGUCCUCAAAAAUAUUCUUAGAUUUUCGAGUCGAGUUUCGAAUAGUGAUUUCUCUUUCCUUGGUGCUCCUCAGUUAUCCCUUACAUGGGAAAUUCUUUUUGCAGUUUUAAGGGAUUUUUAAAUGGUAAUGAUUUAUGUCUUGUUUCUUUUCUAUAAAUUUUCUACUGCCCUCA